ACGCCCUCACUUGUGCGUACUACUUUUAUUUUAGUACAUAAACGGCCGUGUAACAACGGGCGAGAAAUCGAAACUGAAAUGUAGUUUGUAAGAACUGUACUACAGUCGUCGUCACACAUAAUAAUCCUGAUAAAAUCCAGCCCGUUUUAUGAAAUCAGAAUGGUCAAAAUAUAUCAAGUGGUUAUUGUUGGAAUUAAACAGGAGAAGUUAACGCUGGAUGUGGCUAACUCUGAAUCAAAGUUUAAUAGCGUAACCGUGGCAGAACUGAAGAAACAAGUGGCUGAAAACGUUCCAGGUAUUCCAGAAUUUCGACUUAUAUUUGCUACCACCCAACUGGAAGAUGGAAAAACACUUUCUGACUAUGGCAUUCAGGAUAAAUCCAUAUUGAUGGCAGUCUUGCGUUUACCUGGACAGGCAGGAGGUGUAUAAUUCCGGAGGUGUAUAAUUCCAUGAAAUAAGCCAAACUAUGAGGUGGCAAGACAGCUAAUUGUGUAUUUUACACAAAGCACCUUAAUUGGAUUUGCAAAUAAGUUUUUGAUGCACUUAUUUUCUCUGAGUAUAUUGUAUGUUUUAAAGGAAUGUCUUACCAA